AGAGCCAGACCAAAGCUCAGAGACUGACUGAAGUCCUCAAGCAGAUGAUGAUGGAGGAAGAGGAGGACAGAGUAGAGUCUGCAAGAUCCAGCUGUCCGUCUGUGGCCAGUGACCAGUCCAAAGGUCAACCUCCGGACUUCAGUGAUGAGUCUGGACCAACAAGAUUAAACAUGGCGAUGUGCACAGAUGACAUAGAUUGUAACAAGAUUUACCCGGUGACUGAAUAUUCCAUAUCAAAUCGCAUCGCACUGCUGAUCAAUAUUAGACAUUUUUAUGAUCUGAAAUCAAACCGACACGGUGCUGAGUAUGACGCACAAGCCGUGCUCAACCUGCUCUAUAAUCUGGGCUAUGCAGUGGUAUAUUACCAAGACCUGACUGCACAGGAGAUUGAUGAGGCUCUAAUUCGUUUCUCCAAGCAUCGAAAGCUCUUUAACACAGACAGUGUGUUUGUGGUUCUCAUGUCUCAUGGUGACUUGGGAACCAUCCGUGGCUCUGACCUGAAGAACUUUGAAAUUGAUAAAAUUUAUGAGCGCUUAAACACAAAGAACUGUCCUGCACUAAUGAACAAGCCAAAGGUCAUAAUCAUUCAGGCCUGUAGAGGAGAGAAUGAAGGAGUAGUUACAGUAGAUGCAAGCAGACAAUCCAUGGGGACAGAAAACACUGGCCCUCCACCAAAAAACAUUGCUAAAGUUGGAAAAGUACACAUAGAAAAGGAUUUCAUUGGUUUUCAUUCGAGCACACCUCACACCUAUUCAUAUAGAAACCCAGAAUAUGGUUCUAAUUUCUUCCAUUACAUUUGUGAUGUGAUCCUCACGGGGUGCUGUCAAGAUGAUAUUGAAGAACUAUUCAAAAAAGUCAUGCAACAAUUUGAAGAUUUCCCCUCUGAACAGAAGCAGAUGCCAACCAAAGAGAGAGACACUCUGACAAAACACUUCUACCUAUUUCCAGGAAUUAAGCACCGGUUCCAUGAAGAGAAGCAACUACACAAGAGACUGGAAGCUCUCAGGAUGGAGCCUGCUGGGGGCCAAUGGUUGAGACCAGGUCUGAGGAAGUAUUCCUGUCAACUCACA